AUGUCUACCAUUCGCAACUUCACCACUCUUGCUCUCGCCCUUGGCGCCGCAGCAGCCCCUCAGCUUGUUCAAUUCACUCCGGUCCAGCCUCCCCAACCCGACGUCCCGAAGGUCCACGCUCCCACUGUCACCCCUCCCGCAUUCCCUACGGUUGAACCCACGGCCCCGACUGUCCCGCCGAUUAACAUCAACAAGGACCUUAUCGUCGAGCCGGCUUUGCCGAAUGUGGAGUUGAAGGGCCCGAAGGUAGCGCGAGACCUUCCGGUCAAGCUCACUCCGCAAGGCCUCGAGAUCUCGGUCAGCGUCCCCAUCGUCGUGCCCACCGCCGGCGCGGGUCUUCCGGCGUUGGCUCCCCGCGAGGAUGAAUUCCCAGUCGACUUCAACGCAAUUCAGCCACCCAAGACUGCGCUCCCAAACGUUUCCACUCCGACCCUGUCUGUCAAGCUCCCUGACGUCGCCAUUCCCUACCCAAAGGUUCCCAAUACUCCUAAGCUGCCUCGCCGCAACAUCAAGGUUCCCAAGGCCGUCAUCCCCACCCAGUCCGUGGAUCUCCAAGCGAUUAGCAGCAUCAUCUCAGCCCUGGGCGGCCUCGUCACUGCCCGCAACGCUGAGCCUCAGCCUGCUAAUGUGGUGCUCGAUCUUCCCGCAGCCACCAGUGUUCUCUCUGUUCUUGGCGACAUCAAGGCCUCCGUUGCAGCUCGCGAGGUUCCGACGCCUCUUCCUGUGGUCAGCUCGGUUCUCUCUGUCUUGGGCGACAUCAAGGCCGCGAUGAUUCCUCGCCAGACACCCGAUGUGCUUCCUAUUGUCAGCUCUAUUGCAUCAGUUGCUGGCGGUGUCAAGGCCGGCAUCAAUGCCCGCGAGACCCCCGAGGUGCUCCCCAUUGUCAGCUCGGUUCUGAGCGGUGUCAAGGCUGCAGUUGUUCCCCGCGAGACUCCGGAGGUCCUCUCCAUCGUCAGCUCAGUUGUCGGCGGCAUCAAGGUUCCUGUUGUUGCCCGCGAGACUCCCGAGAUCCUUCCAAUCAUCAGCUCGGCUGUUAGCGGCAUCAAGGCUGCGGUUGUCCCUCGUGAGACUCCUGAGGUCCUUCCCAUCGUCAGCUCGGUGCUCAGCGGUGUCAAGGCCGCAGUCCUUCCCCGCGAGACUCCUGAAGUGCUCUCCAUCGUCAGCUCGGUUGUUGGCGGCAUCAAGGUUCCCGUUGUCGCCCGCGAGACCCCUGCCGCACUCCCCAUUGUUAGCUCUGUUGCCUCUGUCGUCGGCGACAUCAAGGCCUCGCUUCUUCCUCGUGCGCUCCCUGUUGAGGUUCCCAGCACCACCGUCGACAUCGCCGCUGUCAAGACUGUCAUGGCCGUCUUGAAGAGUAUCAUUGCAUCUGUCGACUCUCGCGAUCUCGCGGCCGUUGACGUCACCAUUCCUAGCGUCACUGUCGAGCUUCCUAUUGUCAGCUCUGUCCUCUCUGUCUUGAGCAACGCCGCAGGCACUGGUCUGCCCAUCAAGGCUGCUCGCGGCACCCUCCCCGAAGUUGCUGGCCCCGUUAUCGCUCUCGGUGUUGACGUUCCUGCCUUCACCGCGACCGUUCCCUUGGUGGUGCCCGUUGUUGCCCGCACCGCGAUCGACCUGCCGCUUAGCACUCUGAUUCAAGUCCCUUCCAUCAGCAAGACCAUCGAGCUGCCCGCUGUCCAAACCCCUGAGUUGAAGGGCAAGUUCACCGCAGGCAAGCGCACCACCGCUGGAGUUAUUGGCGAUGUCCAGGGAAAGAUCGACGAAAUUCUGUCUGCAGUUCCUCAGUAA